UUAUCUAACGUUAAAACAAAAUCCUUUUGUCCCCAUUAACACCCAGAGAAAGAACAGAGCAAACAGAGGAAAAACAGAGAUGGGUUGCCAAGCCUCGAAGGAGAAGCCACCGUAUGAAAACUCGAUGCACCAUGCAGGUUUUCAAGAGUUGCAGAAACCGAAAACUCCCACACAAGAACUUGUGCUGCAAGUUCCAGGAUGCAAAGUUCAUCUGGUGGACGAUGGAGAAGCCCUUGAACUGGCUGAAGGGCACUUCACAAUCAUGAGGGUGAUGGAGCAGAACGUGGCACUGGCAACAGUCAUAAAAGUUGGAAACAGUGUUCAGUGGCCAUUGACAAAGGACGAGCCAGUGGUGAAGGUGGACGGUCUUCACUACCUCUUCUCUCUGCCGGUGAAAGACGGUGGCGAGCCUCUGAGCUAUGGUGUGACCUUUCCAAAAGAGUGUUAUGGGAACAUGGGCAUGGUGGAUUCUUUUCUGAAGGAGCAUUGCUGCUUUUCUGGGUUGGAAAAGAGCAAAAAAAGUGACCUUGAUUGGGAGGAAUUUGCUCCGAGGGUUGAAGAUUAUAACCACUUUCUUGCCAGAGCCAUUGCAGGAGGAACUGGUCAGAUUGUUAAGGGUAUCUUCAUGUGCAGCAAUGCUUACACCAACCAGGUCCAAAAAGGAGGGGAAGCGAUCCUAAGUAGUGCUGCAGAAAAGAACAGUGCUAACAAGGUGAGACAAAGUAUGAACAACAAGAAUGAUGCCACAAAGAACAGUGGAAUGAACGAAAACCUCAAACGUGUGAGAAAGCUGACAAAUAUGACAGAAAAGUUAACCAAGUCUUUGCUUGAUGGUGUUGGAAUAAUAAGUGGAUCAGUGAUGACUCCUGUGCUUAAAUCACAACCAGGACAGGCCUUCCUAAACAUGCUCCCUGGAGAGGUGCUAUUGGCUUCCCUUGAUGCAGUCAAUAGAGUUUUUGAAGCAGCUGAAGCUGCUGAAAAACAGACCUUUUCUGCCACCUCCAAAGCUGCAACCAGAAUGGUCUCUAACAGGUUUGGGGAAGAAGCAGGAGAGGCUACUGAGCAUGUGUUUGCAAGUGCAGGACAUGCUUUUAACACUGCUUGGAAUGUAUCUAAGAUUCGGAAAGCCAUCAAUCCAGCAUCUUCUGCAAAUGCUGCUAGAGCACUCACAAAUUCUUCCAAGAAAUGAAAUGCUUUUGUUAUAAAAUCUAACCACGUUGCUUUCUAUCUCAUGAUGCAUGUUUUCCUUCCUUCAGCAAGUGUACUGAAUCCGUUAUCAUACAUAAACAAGUGCCUUAUUCACAUAAACUCGUGCAAAAUUUCAAGUAAUUCUAGUCUGUCACUCACUUUCAUUAUGCUUCAAAAA